AUGUUUCUCUACAAAAUGUUUUCAGAAUGUAUUAAUGUAGAAAGGUUGUUAGUUGUUAUUGGACAUCGUUUCAAGAAAGAACUCAAAUUUAUAAUUUAUCAAGAAAUUGAAGAAUUUGAUGUUGUCAUUGUUGCCUCUCUUGAUCGUUUAACCAGAAGAAGCUCAGAUUUUUCCGAUGCCGUUCAACUAUUCACAAAGAACCACAUAUCCCUCUUUAUUAUUAUGGCUCCAAUUGAUUUAUUUGGUGAUGGUAUAAGUCUUCUCGUUGAUUUCGACAAGAGCUCUUGCUAUACAACAACAGUAAAAAUGUGGGCUAAUGCAUUUUGGACUCAAGUAGCAAUUCCAUUUGAUCAGGUCAUUGAACAAUUAAAAACACUUUUUUCUGGUUUUAUUCAACUUUCUAUUUAUGUUGGUAGAUAUUAUGAACAAAUUAAAUCGAUAGAAAUUAAAUUUGGUGAAAAGUUCAUAGACUCUUUUCGUAAUGAUAAAGUACUCACUGGGUUUUAUUUUUCUAGAACUUUUCCUGGUAAAUUUAAUCAGACUUCUUCGAGUAUUAACAAUUCAAACAAAAAUCAAAUAAUAUUUUUAAAAGGUCUAAUUUUCUUAAGUGAGUCUUCAAAAAACCCACAAGUACCUGCUCAUUCAUAUAAAUCCAUUGAUAAACCAACUUAUCAAAAAAAUAAUGAUGAAUAUAACAUUGAAAUAGAGGAUGAAAAUGAAAAGGAUGAUUUUUUUAUUGUUUCUCCUGGUAAAUUUAAUCAGACAUUUUCGAGUAUUAGCACUUCAAACGAAAAUCAAAUAAUAUUUUUAAAAAGUCUAAUUUCCUUAAGCGAGUCUUCAAAAAACCCACAAGUAUCUGCUCAUUCAUAUAAAUCCAUUGAUAAACCAACUUAUCAAAAAAAUAAUGAUGAAUAUAACAUUGAAAUAGAGGAUGAAAAUGAAAAGGAUGGUUUUUUUAUUGUAAAUAAAAUUAAUCAAUUUAGUGAAACCAUUAGAGAAAAUGAAAAGUUAUGCUUUUAA